CUCCCGGCCGCUGCCCAAGUUCACCACCGCUGUUCGGCUGCAGUGUUGUGGAAAGUUUGGACGCGCCUUGGACGUUACAACCUGCCUUGUUAUUUGACUUUGAAGGACACGAAGUGGCUUUAACUGGAUAUUUUGUAGAGAUUAAAACUUUUUUUUAUUCAAGCGCGUUGCAUUUUUCUUUUGAGUUUACAUGGCGUGCUCCGACCAAGACUCGUCCCGUCUGUCGGUGACCGAACAGACGUCAACGUUACUCGCUCGCUGGCUUUGACUGUUGAAAUUAGACAUGAUCUAAAAGACACUUUUAAUUAAAUGUAGGCCUAACAAGGGGAACCGGGGGGGGGGCUUAUAAUGAACAUUUGUCCGCUGAGGAUUUAUUGAAGCAAACUAUGUCGGGAGUGGUCCGCACCCUCAGCCGCUGUCUGCUGCCGGCUGAGGCGAGCCGAGACGCGGGCAGCAAGCAGAGCAGCCGGGGAAGGGAGGAGCGGGAGGCUCGUCGGAGAAGCCGGGAGAUCGACGCCAUGCUCGCACGGGAGAGAAGAGCCGUGAGGCGGCUGGUGAAGAUCCUGCUGCUCGGCGCUGGAGAGAGCGGAAAGUCGACUUUUCUCAAGCAGAUGCGGAUCAUUAACGGACAAGAGUUUGACAAGAAAGCAUUGCUGGACUUCAGGGACACUAUUUAUGAAAAUAUACUGAAGGGAAUGCGCGUGUUGGUGGACGCCCGUGACAAGCUUGGCAUCAGCUGGCAAAGCUGCGAGAACGAAAAGCAAGGCAUGCUGGUGAUGUCGUGGGAGGGCCGAGCAGGCGUCGUGGGCGUCGAGCCCGGCGAGUUCCAGCUGUACGUGAUGGCGCUCAGCGCGCUGUGGGCCGACGCCGGCAUCCAGCAGGCUUACGCCAGGCGCUCCGAGUUCCAGCUGAGUGAGUCGGUCAAAUACUUCCUGGAUAACUUGGAACGGAUCGGUCAGCUGAGCUACAUCCCGAGCCGGCAGGACAUUCUUUUCGCUCGCAAAGCCACCAAGGGCAUCGUGGAGCACGACUUUGUCAUCAAGAAGAUUCCUUUCAAGAUGGUGGACGUGGGCGGGCAGCGGUCGCAGAGGCAAAAGUGGUUCCAGUGCUUCGACGGGAUCACCUCCAUCCUCUUCAUGGUGUCGUCGUCCGAGUACGAUCAGGUCUUGAUGGAGGACCGUCGCACCAACCGGCUUGUGGAAAGCAUGAACAUCUUUGAGACCAUCGUCAACAACAAGCUCUUCCUCAACGUCUCCAUCAUCCUCUUCCUCAACAAGACCGACCUACUGGUGGACAAGAUCCGGACUGCCGACAUCCGCAAGAACUUCCCGGAGUUCAGGGGAGAUCCGCGCCGGCUGGAGGAUGUGCAGGCGUUCCUGGUGCAGUCGUUCAGCCGCAAAAGGAGAAACCGAGGCAAGCCGCUCUUCCACCACUUCACCACGGCGGUGGACACGGAAAAUAUCCGCUUCGUCUUCCACGCAGUCAAGGACACCAUCCUACAGGAGAAUCUCAAGGAUAUCAUGUUGCAGUAACACUCGAAACAUUCUUGAAGAAAAAGGAAAACCCGGGAAGCCUAACGGUGCUGGAUUGAGACCCUGUGGACCGAUUGAGCGGACACGCUAAUGUGCAUCUAAGACAACCUAUGGAGCUGUGACCUAACCCAUUUCAGACACCCACUUCCCUUUCUUACUUUUACAAAUUUGAACAACACAAGCGCUCAUAGCGUUUGGUUGCUCUGGACGUCUUCAAGACUAAUGCCAACACAAGUCACGAAAUCAAGUCAGGAGGCGGAGCGGGGGGAGGUGGGGCGGCUCCACAUGACCCAACGUUUGGGCCUCGGUGGUCAUAUGCUGCGUUAUGUGAAGUGUCCCGUCGGUGAACUUGCAGCAAGGGUAGAGACGAUGAUUAUGAUUUCACGUCGGAUUAUCUUCUCGCUUGUAUUUGUUGGUUCAUUUAUGUGUGCGUGUGCGCCCCAAAAAAAAAAAAAAAAAAAGUACCACUCUAACAGCAGCACUGUAAAUGUACAACUAACCCACAUGGCACAGCGUUUUGUUUUUUAUUUUGAAAUCAUGUAAAUAGAUGUCGUCACAGCACUGGAUAUAUGCUGAGACAAAAAGGACAAACCAUGGAGUGAAAGAAAAAGGAUGAAAAACAGGUCGAAGGACAUGAUGGAGAGAGACAUGUGUUCCCUCGUUUUGACCUUCUUUAUUUUUUGUUUUUUUAAAUUUUGGGUGCCUUAUUGGCUCUGUAUUUUGUAGUGAAAUACACUGUUUGCCCAAAAGCUGCUUUACUUCAUUUAUUAGUGUGUGACAAGUUUUGACAAUGCAUGACUAAGAAUUCCACACAAAUCUCUGCUUUACUUGGCAGAGAAGGCUUCAAGAAAAAAAAAUGUUAAAUGUAAAAAUUAAUAGAAAAAGGCAGAUCUUCCAGUUCAGUGCUGCUCUACAUAUUGGCUAUGUGAAACACAUUAGCAUUUCAGUCUGCUAACUUAAUGUUAAUUAGCGUCUAUGUUGCCGUUAUUUAACCUGUUGAACAAUCAAUUGGACGUAGUGUAGCAAACAAAUAGUAUUUACAAACAUAUAUAUUCUUUAUCCUCUGCAUGGAACAAAUGCUAUUAAUGGUUACAACAGCAAAAA